GGGCUGGAGGCAGCUGACAGGCGGAGGCAGGCGAGGGAGCUUCAAGGAUGGCGGCCGCCACGGCGCUGAUCCUGCCGGAGAGCCCCAGCAUGAAAAAAGCAGUGUCGCUGCUAAAUGCAAUAGAUAUAGGAAGAUUUCCACGAUUGCUCACCCGAAUUCUUCAAAAACUUCACCUGAAGGCUGAGAAAAGUUUCAGUGAAGAAGAAGAAGAAAAACUUCAGGCUGCGUUUUCUCUGGAGAAACAAGAUCUUCACUUGGUUCUUGAAACAAUCUCGUUCAUUUUAGAACAGGCGGUGUAUCACAACGUGAAGCCAGCGGCUUUGCAGCAGCAGUUAGAGGCCAUUCAUCUCACACAGGACAAAGCAGAGGCAUUCGGCAGUGCUUGGUCUUCUGUGGGUCAAGAGACCAUUGAAAAAUUCAGGCAGAGGAUUCUUGCUCCCCACAAGCUCGAGACCGUCGGAUGGCAGCUUAACCUUCAGAUGGCUCACUCUGCUCAGGCGAAACUGAAGUCUCCUCAGGCUGUAUUACAGCUAGGAGUGAGCAAUGAAGAUUCCAAGAGUGUGGAGAAAGUUCUUGUGGAAUUCAGUCACAAGGAGUUGUUUGAUUUCUAUAACAAGCUGGAGACCAUACAAGCGCAGCUGGAUUCCCUCACGUGAUUGUUCCCGAAGACUGGCUUCUCCAUCACACUCCUGCCACCUCAUCAUUCUGCCCCGAAGAUGGGCUGCCAGGUUCUGUUUUGCGAAGGAUUUGGUAGCUUUCCUCUUGUAAACCAGGGCUUACCGCUUCUUAGAGUAAUACCAGUCAAGGGAAAUCAUUGUCUCGAGAGCUUCUAAUACCCAUUCUCUCCUCCUGUGAGCCAGCGGCAAACAAUUGUUAAGAAUGCAUUCGCUUGGAAGGAAACAGUAAAUACCAUAUUGUUAUUACC